AUGCUGCGGUGGGGGCGCGCUCUGCGCCCGCCGAGGCGGGGGGGGGCCCCGGGGGGGGGCCCGGGGGGGUCCCCGGCACCGGGCCGGGCUCCGGGCCGCCCCCUCCGCACCGCCGUCCCGCUCAGCUCCGACAUCUUCCGCGAGCUGGGGCCGGGCCUGGGGCGCCUGGGGCGGACUCUGAAGGAUCAGCUGCCGUCUUGGGGGGGCAGAUGGGGGGGCUGGACCCCCCCGGGGACCCCCCGGGCCCACGACCCCCCGAAGAGGCCGACGUGUGUGGUGGUGGGGGGCGGCGUGGUGGGCUGGUCGGUGGCGUACUGGCUGAAGGCGCUGGAGGGGCAGCGGCACGGCAUGAGGGUGCUGGUGGUGGAGCGGGACCCCACGUAUUCCCGCGCCUCCACGGUGCUGUCGGUGGGGGGGAUCCGACAGCAGUUUUCCCUGCCGGAAAAUAUCCGGAUGUCCCGCUUCUCCGCCAGCUUCCUCCGCAACAUCAAUGGUUACCUUUGGGUGCCAAAGGAGCCCCCCAUCGACAUCCAGUUCCAGCCCUCGGGGUACCUCUUCCUCGCCCCCCCGCAGGGUGCUGCCGGGCUGGAGGCCACCGUCCGGCUCCAGAGGGAGGAAGGGGCGCAGGUGGCCCUGCUCCCCACCCAGCUGAAGGCGAAAUUCCCCUGGAUAGACACGGAGGACGUGGCCCUGGCGUCCUACGGUCUGGAGGAUGAAGGCUGGUUCGACCCCUGGACCCUCCUCAACGCUUUCCGGCGCAAAGCCACCUUCCUGGGGGUCCACAGCUGCUCCGGGGAGGUGCGAGGUUUCGUCACCUCCGCUGAGGACACCAUGCCACCGCAGGGACCCUCCCCGGCCACCGCCCGCAUCAAAUACGUCCACAUCCACAUGCCGGACAGCCGGGAGUACCAACCCGUCGCAUGCGCCAUCGUGGUCAACGCCGCCGGCGCAUGGGCCGGGGAGCUGCUGCGGGCGGCGGGGCUGCCGGGGGGGCUCUGUCAGCCCCCCCUGCCCAUCCAGCCCAGGAAGAGGUACGUGUACUCCUGGCACUGCCCCGACGGCCCCGGCUUCUCCUGCCCCCUCCUCGUCGACACCACCGGCGCUUAUUUUCGCCGCGACGGCAUCGCCGGCAACUACCUGGGCGGCAUGAGCCCACCCGAGGAGGAAGAGCCGGAUCCGGGCGAUCUCUCGGUGGAUCAUGAUUUUUUCCAGGAGUGCAUCUGGCCCCGGUUGGCACGACGGGUCCCAGCCUUCGCCUCCCUCCGUCCCCGGGGCGCUUGGGCGGGUUACUACGAUCACAACGCCUUCGAUCGUAACGGGGUGUUGGGUCCUCACCCCAAAUUAGAGAACCUUUUUUUAGCCGCCGGUUUUAGCGGACACGGUUUACAACACGCCCCGGCGGUCGGCAGAGCCGUGGCGGAGCUGGUGGUGAAGGGAGGGUACGUGAGCCUGGAUCUGCGGAGGUUGGGAUGGAGGAGGUUGGUGGAGGGGGAACCGCUGGAGGAGGAUGGGGUGGUUUGAUGCGG